AUGUCCCAAAUCUACGUCCCCGAAAAGGAGGACGAACGCCACGAAGAAGCGUAUCAUGACGUCGUCAAAGAGGAAAUUUCCUCCUCUUCUACUCCUCGCGAGAUCGACCUCUCGGCGGAGGAAGAACUUGAUGCGCGACGCAGGGCGAGGAGGAACGAGAGGUGGUAUAUCUCUUUGGGGGGUGUCAUACUUGUCUUGCUCAUCUUACUCGGGGUUAUGUUGGGUUUGGUGAAGGGCCAGGAGAAGAGGUGGGAGAGCGUCAUCGAGGAACAGCAGCGCCAUGGAGCUAUCAAGUCGAGUGCGAGUGCGGUGCGGAGGGGGAGGUGGGCCAAGAGGAAUGAAAGGUCCGAGUACUCGUUCUCGACCAAGAAUGGGACAGUAGCGACGUACAUCUAUACGACCAAACCAAUUGUGAGCACGCUUGGAUGAUCGGAGCUGGGGCGAGCUCGAUUCGACUGGCGCGGAGGCAGAGGCUCACUCGGCCUUGUCCUCUCGACAGGUCAACCCAGGCGGUUAUACCAUUGGCACCUUGACGGGUUAUGUCACCUACACCGGCAAGCCAUUCUCGACGACCGCCUCCGCCGCUCCUGCUGCGACGUCGAGCUCUGCACCGACUUCAAUAUCGACUUUGACCUCCACAAAGCCGACCGACUCGACGCACGAAGAGUCUACCUCAUCCACUGAAGCUGAAGGUCAUUCUCACCCUUCCAACACGAACACGGCUUCCCCAACGCGCAAGGAACACCACUCGGCUCCCACACCGACUGACCCCCCUACGAUCGCCGACUCGCUCCUCCAUCUCCUCGUCAACGGUCCCAAACGCCUCAAGCGAUCCCUCGACCAAGACGCCCAAGAACAACUUUUAGAGCAAGGAACACCGAGCGUCCCUCCGAAUACGGUGACGACCGUACCUGACCAGGAUGGGCGGGAGUACUCGUAUUCGGUCAGGAAGGAUGGGGGGACGGCGACCUUUGUCAAGACGACGAGACCGAUCGUGAGUUAAGAUUUUCCUGGCAUUCCGACGGGCCAACCUUGGGGAUGUGAAGUUAAGGGUCGGGAGCACACCACUGCCCAAGACCGUUCGCGAGAACUGACUAUCUUUUUUUGCCCCCCGCCCCCACUUUCGGACUCUGACCAGGUCAACCCAGCAGGCUACACGAUCGGCACCCUUGACGGCGUGUUCGUGGAGCUUAAAACAACUCGUCCUCGAUCGACGGGUACGGCUGAAAGAGGCGGUGUGAAGAACCCGAAGGUGCACCAGCCGGUAGUCAGGUCGAGGGAGGAAUUGAGGAAGAGGGCGAGCGUCGACUUUGGAGUGGGGAUGCAGCUCUGA